UUUAGAGAAUACAUUUAGAAAAAAUCAAAAUAUAAUGUGGUCUGAAUAUCUUCAAACUGUCUUUCUCUGCUGAGUUAAUUACCAUUUAUCAGUUAUUUAAUGAUAUUGACAGAUUUUCAACUUUUUAAGGCAUGAUUUAAAUAACACUGUUCAGUUUCACCACUGUAUGAACAUUAAACAUCUGUGUUCAUACAGCGGUAAAGCAUUUUGGUAAAGCAUUUUUCCUCACUGAGAACUGUACACUUUUAACAACGUCUUUUUUCCUUCAUUACCAUGUUUAUUUAAGGAGAUUGAGAGAUUGCUUAAUAAUAAACAGACAGAUAUAACCGUAUACAAGCACGCAGUGUUUGGUCUUACAGAUUAAUCAGGUUCUGUGUGUGUUGACCAUGUUUGACUCAAUUUCCAUAAUGUCAGUCUGAAGUAACAGAGUGUAGGCCGUGCUGAGCUGUAAAUGUAGAUUUUACUACAUUAGAGUUUAUGCUGGCUGGAAUGGCAAAAUUUGAUGCCCAAUAUGGCAAAUAGAAUAUUAUAAUUCAGUUACAGUUGAAUAACAGUUCAACUGUGACAUUUGAAUAACAGUGCUAUAAUAUUUCCAUUAGCCUAAUCUAAAACUGUUCAGUUGGAGCUUGCGCAUUUCAUUUGCUUAUCUCAAUAGUAUUUCAAGGACUUAAAAAAAUUACGCCUGGACAUUGUUAGCCUAUGACCUGGAGAACUGAUUAUGAUCAGAUCUGAGAGAGAGAGAACUGAGUGACUAACACAGUCUUAGGCACAGCUGUUUGCGUAGCCCUGUUUCCCUUUAGUGAAGAAAUGAACUGUCGUGUCAUAAAUCAGGUUGAGUCAGGAUAAGGGUAAAAUUCCACUCUGUCCUCACUGCUAUUUGGCUGCUUUCGCAGAAGCCCAGGUUCCUCAUGGUAAAAUCAUUAACUGGACUGUGCUGUUUUUGAGUCAUGAAGACUUUAGUGGUGGAGUUCAUUCCUACACUACACCCGAAUGCACAACCCUUAUCAGUACCGUACCAAGAAUCAUGCCGUCUUAUCUGUCUAUGAAGUGCUGACUUUGUGUCCCUGUCCUCAUGGGUCACACAGUGGGCGUGCUCUUACCUCAUUGGAUGUGUUGCCUCACUUCAUUAGAAAAACGUUCAACAAAAUAUCAUUACGAAAAUAUAUCAAAUAAUGCCAACCAGUAUGUGUUUGUACUUGCAAGGCCAAGUGCACACAGUCUGUGAGGUAUUAGUAUGACAGGGAAACAGAAGCUCUUGGAAGAGUUUAAAAGGUCAAAAAUGCACGCAAGGUGUUAGCUGUAAUGAAGCGAUUGCAUUCUUGGGUAGAAUUAGACCCCCCCUGCAGUGGGACUGAGGAAGACAACAGGGAGCAGGACGACUCUUCAACCCUAAAGGCAUCCUGGUCUUUUGUAGACACCAUGAACUAUGUGGGGCAGCUGGCAGGGCAGGUGCUGGUGACGGUGAAGGAGCUGUAUAAGGGCAUUAACCAGGCCACGCUGUCGGGCUGCAUUGACGUGGUGGUGGUGCGGCAGAAAGAUGGGACCUACCAGUGCUCUCCUUUUCACGUGCGCUUUGGGAAACUUGGAGUGCUGCGCUCCAAAGAGAAAGUGAUUGACAUAGAAAUAAAUGGAGAGCCGGUGGAUCUACACAUGAAGCUAGGAGACAAUGGGGAAGCUUUUUUUGUCCAGGAAAUGGAGGUGCAGGAUGAGACAGUCCCAGCUCACCUGGCCACCUCUCCAAUCCCCACUGAGAGUCACAUUUUCUGGGUUGGGAGCGAUAGAGGUACGACUCAGGGUCUGGGCAAUGAUCCGCUGGACCUUGAGGAGCCUCCUGAGCCUCCGGUGCCCAAUACAGGGACAGCCAAGAAGAAGAAGAGGCGGAGAAGGAAGCAUAAAGUGGACCCUCGGCGUGAAGAGAUGACUCCUCCUGCCUCUGUUGGUGCCUCUGCCAACACAGAAGACAUCUUUGAAAUGGAUCUUAGCACUGAUGAAGAGGCCACUCCCAGCACACGAUCAUCAUCAAUUAGCACAUUAAAAGAGGUUGAACCAAGAGUACCAGCAGUUCGUCAUUCUCCGGAGAGCUACCCUUAUUCUGAUGGAGACUGGUCACCUACUGACAGUCACGCCAUGUCUGAGGCCUUCUCCCCCAAGAGUGACUCUGAGCUGGUGAUUCGGCCCUCAGAGAGCUUGCUGAAAAUGGAGUCUCAUAUGCAGUGGACAUGGGGAGAGUUCCCAGAACCCACCAGGAUGGCCAAAAAAGACAAGACAGAACUGCCCAAGACUGUGACCAUAACCCCAUCAGAGAACACUCACUUCAGGGUGAUCCUGAGCUCUGAGGCCAUGGAGCCUGAGGCUGAUGUGAAAGACAUACUGGAACCUGCACCCAUAUGCACUAUUGUAAAGCCUGAGCCUCGUACUCCAGCUACCCCUAUCACCCCGCUAAUAUCUUCUGACUGUGUGACCACCUCCACGCCCUCAGAGUCCCAUACUGCAGCCCCGAACCCUCAAGGUGGAGCCAUGAUCGAUGUCUGCCCAAAGACAGACUCUCCUUCCAAGAAGAAAGGAGUACCAAAGAGAAGUCAGCACCAGGGGCCUGAGGACAUCUACCUAGAUGAUUUGAAUGUGCUUGAGCCUGAUGUGGCUGCACGCUACUUUCCCAAGAGUGACUCAGACUCCAAGCACUGGAUGGAUUCAGGGAUGCGUUCAGGUUCUCAGUCCCCUCAGUCAGUGGGCAGUGCUGCAGCUGACAGUGGAACAGAAUGUCUGUCUGACUCGGCCUCUGACCUGCCCGACGUCACACUCUCUCUGUGUGGGGGGCUUAGUGAGAAUGCAGAGAUAUCCAAAGAGAAGUUUAUGGAACAUAUCAUCACUUAUAAUGAAUUUGCUGAGAAUCCAGCCAUUAUAGACAAUCCUAAUUUAGUGGUGAAAAUAGGGAACAGAUACUACAACUGGACAUUAGCUGCACCGUUAAUUUUAAGCCUACAGGCAUUCCAGAAGAAUUUACCCAAAGCUACAGAGGAGGCCUGGGUUAAAGAGAGGAUGCCAAAGAAGUCUGGCCGCUGGUGGUUCUGGCGGAAAAGAGCAGACAGCACUAUCAAACAGUCUGAGAAUGCAGGAAAACUGGAGAUGAAGGAACAGCGACUGAAAGAGGGAGAAGCCUCCCUGGAAAAUGAUCCCUGCAAAGUGGAGUCCAGAGAAUCGUCCAGUGAUGAAGAGGGGAAGGAGGUGAGUGCAGCUGCUGCCUCUCUGGAGCGCUCGGCUCAGACUGAACCCCAGCCUCAACCUCAGCCUAGCACACACUCCUACAGGAAGUCGCUGCGCCUCUCUUCCGACCAGAUUGCCAAACUAAAGCUGAAGGACGGGCCCAAUGAUGUCACCUUCAGCAUAACCACCCAGUACCAGGGCACAUGCCGCUGUGAUGGCACUAUCUACCUGUGGGACUGGGAUGACAAGGUCAUCAUUUCCGACAUCGAUGGCACCAUUACAAAAUCAGACGUGUUUGGGCAGAUUCUGCCUCAGCUGGGGAAGGACUGGACUCACCAAGGCAUUGCCAAACUUUACCACUCUGUAGCUGAGAAUGGCUAUAAGUUUCUCUAUUGUUCAGCAAGAGCUAUUGGCAUGGCCGAUAUGACUCGGGGCUAUCUGCAGUGGGUGAAUGAUGGCGGCACUAUUCUGCCCCGUGGACCCCUCAUGCUUUCUCCAAGCAGCCUCUUCUCCGCAUUUCACAGAGAAGUGAUUGAGAAAAAGCCAGAGAUUUUCAAGAUUGAAUGUCUUACUGACAUCAAGAACCUGUUCCAUUCCAACAAACAUCCCUUUUAUGCUGCAUUUGGAAACAGGACCAAUGAUGUUUUUGCGUAUAAGGAGGUUGGAGUGCCUGUUUGCAGGAUCUUCACCGUCAACCCUAAAGGAGAGCUAAUUCAGGAGCAAACCAAAGGAAACAAGACCUCAAACAAGAGGAAAAGGCUUAUUAAAAUUAAAAUAACUAUCAUUCUACUCACUCUGGUGGCUUGUGAUGAAGUGUCAACAAGGAAUCUGGUUCAGAAAAGAAAAAUGUUCAGCAUUGCCUUGUACAGCAGGCUGAGUGAGCUGGUGGAGCAUGUGUUUCCAUUGCUGAGUAAAGAACAGAGCUCGGCGUUCAGCUUCCCCGAGUUCAGCUCGUUUUGUUUCUGGAGGCAGCCCAUCCCUGAGAUCAACCCAGACGACUUGCUCUCAUAGGCUCGACAUGCUCUCCGUCUCCGUCCAUUUGCCGUUCUAUGGGCUGAAGUAAUAUUCCUCUAAGAUAAUUAGGUGUAAUCCUUGCAAAUCCAAAAUUUCUCACUAACUGCACUCUAACCAGCUGAGGCAUGUUCUGGUUGUAAAGGAUUGUAUAAAAUCCAUCUGCACAUCCAAAACUGAACCAUGCCUCGCUCUCCCCUUUAAUCUAAUGUCCACGCUGAACUGUGGGGGAGGUGAUGGUGCAGUUUUCCCUCAUUGUCUCACACAUCAGGGAUAUUUGAAGCCUGCCUGGGUGCUGAGGCCUCUAAAAGAUACUCUUAUUUCAAAGUUUCCAGUUUAUUGUGUGUGUGUGUGUGUUAAUUACUUAAAAUAGGGGUAUCAUAGCCUUAGUGCUGGUCUGUCUGAUACUGGUGGACAAUUUAACAAGGAUUUUUGCCCCUCCACUACAAGCAUAGGUAUUUAUCCCUGCUGUGGUGGUCCAGCGUAGGCUGGUGUUUACAGUCCUGUGGCCUAAGCACUUAGUAGUUACUGUGUGGGUACAGUGACACAGUGUGUUCAGUAGGAAACAGAAAAUGAGUCAUGUGGGAGAACAUGUAGGAUCACAGAACUAAUUAACAGAGAUAUUUAUUUACAAACGCUAAUUUAUUUUUGUUCUCUAAUAAUUAACUAUUAAGUUAAUUAUAAUUACUAACAUGCACUGCCUCUAAUAUGUGGUGAAAGAAUUCCUGUCUGACUAUGUGUCUGUAAUGAGGUUUGAUCAGAGGCUCUCUUGAAUGCUGAUGCUGCUAUCAAAGUCAGCCAUGCUGGUGAACUCUGUUUCAUCCUUUCGCAGCGUCUUCAGUCUGAUGGUGCAUUUAGGCUUUUAGUCCUGCUGGAAAAGCCCUGAGGUCUGAGCAAGGCUUCCAUCUGUUUUCCAGGUGUUUUCCACUCGUUAAUAAUUUCAUUGUCUGGCUGCUUUAUAAUGCCUUACUGAUCGCACUUUCAGCAGCAGCCAAGAGAGCACCAUGGAUCAGCUUGCAGUUAAUGAAGGGAUGGCCUUAUUGUUGGAAGCUUUUCAGCAGCCUUUUGCGUGGAAGGCUUAAAAGCCUUUUCUUUCGUGAGGCUAAAAUAAGACUUGAGUGUUUUUGAACUGCAAUGCAGGUAAAUCACCCUACUUAAUUUGUGUAAUCAAAGAAAUAGACCUGAAAUGCUAAUGGGUUUUGAUUUCCCAAGAUGACUAGUUCUAGUGUGUACUGAAUUGUAGCUUUAACCUCAUUUGAUUUUUUUUACUAGUAUGAUGAAGUAGUGGUAUUAGAGUUUUAGUUCUGUGUUUUGAGAUAUUUUCAAGCCUUCAGGUCUAUAGGUAAAUGAUGUUUUUGUGCUGAGGAAGACAGCUAUCAGUCUGGUCUAGCAGUUAUACCACUGUAAUGGGCCAAUUUCAGUGUUUUUGAAGAACCAGGUCGCAGCUGUUUUGGAAGAGGAGUGUCCCUUAUUAUUUUUGUGGACAUCUUCCGACUGCUGAUUCUCUGUGGCCAUGGGAAAGAGCACAUCCUUGUCAUGAAUAGUUAAUUAACAAAAGCUGGUCUUUGCCUCUGUGUAACAGAAACAGUGUAUUGUAUGUAUGUAUUUGUUUCUAGGUUCUCCUUUUAAAUUUAGGCAUAGAGCACCAUGUGUUAGGUAGGCAUGCACACCAACUCGGAGCACAAUAGCAAGUAAUUUAUUUAAAAUAGGGUAUUUGUAUGAGGUAACCAUUGUUUGGGGGGAAAAAAGGGACUUCCCUGGUUGUUUGAUUUGUUUAUGCACAAAUGUAUUAUCACAUUUGUUUUUUGUCUUUAUGAAGUGUAGAAGUGAAAUCUGUCUGUUAAUGAUUAACAAAGUGAUCCCAUUCUUUCUAUGAAAGUAAUACUUCUUGUGUGGGAUGGACACACUCAUCUAUGGUUAUAAAAAUGUUAAAAAAUAUAUAUAUAUAUAUAAAUAUUAAGUUGGAACCGAUCAGUUAUUGUUCAUUACUCUUGCUUUCAUGCCCUUAAUUUUAUAUGCUUUUAUUUGUUGACGUAUGCUCUUUGUGGUAAAUCUGUCUCUUAGAUUGUAUUGUUUUCAGUGUAAAAAUUGAACAUUACUGCAUCUGACCACUCUAGAUACCUUUAAGUGUAUACUUACUGUAUGGAUCUGUUGUUUUGGAAAAUGACAUGAAAAUCUAUUAAAAUGCAUUUAUUACAAUUGUUUGACUGUUUCACUAACCAUCUCACUUUCCCUUACAUUUCCUUCAGGAGGAUGUUUAGAUUUCAGUCAGAGGAUUGGAAGACAAGGGUAGACAGUGGAGAGGAAAAAGAGGUACAGGCAAGUGAGUGGUAGAAUGAAAUGAAUGCUGGAGAUUGUGUGGUUUAAUCAGAUUUGGGAGAUUAUCACCUCAGGUCAAACAUUUUCUUCAUUUACGUAGCAGCAAAAAAAAAAGAAUAUUUUCAUGUUUUUUCUUAUUGCCUUGUCCAGCAGUGUAAUAAAUAAGAUGGAAUGUCCAACCCAAAGGCUGUGGAGUUUGUAUAAAUGGAAAUAACUGUCUUCUCUUGGAAUGGGAGUGGGGGAUUUUUUUUGUUGUUGUUGUUUUAUCAGGCAUCACAUCAACAAGUUAGUUUAGAAUUCCUGAAAUCACUUGAAUCACUAAAUUUACAAAUCCAGCUGUUCUAUUCAGUGUUGGACAAAACAGUGGAGCUUGUUACGGCACUGUUUACAAUACAAAUAUUAACAAAUCCUUAAUUCUUUGUGGGGCUGACUGUUGAGCUUUAUUUGUGCUAAAUCAUUUUACCCCAAACCCUCCCCUCAGUACCUGAAAGAGCUUCAUGCUGUUGCUUUGUCCUCAAAUUCUUGAUUUUGACUUUAUGUUGGUUUAUCAUUCCAUUACACAAUGUUAAUAAAAGCCUUUACAACAGCGCUGUUGAAUGCUCAAUUCUAGUCAUUGAUUAAUUUUCUAUAACAGUACGGCUCAGGCAGUAGUUCUGGCUUCAAGUAUGUAUUAAGGCGCUUAUAUUCUGUGUUAUCAUUUCUAUAGUAAUGACAUACACAGGGACUUCUGCCACAUAAAUGGAUUAAAAAAAAACACGUAAUUGUUGAUCUGGUGAGGUUUUCAGUGAAGAGACGUUUAUUAUCAUUUCUGGAACGAGUCUCCAGAGGUAGAGCCGUAACUUUACGUUUUAUGAGAUGGGAACAUCUUUGUGGUUUCUUGGCAACAUGGCAAGCUGCAUUGUUUGUCUUUAGGAGAAAAAAAAAACGCUGGUGUGGGAACGACUGUUGUAAGGGAAGUGAUAACAGGAGCUAACAUUUUUGGCAGACACUGCACAACAUCAAA